GUGUGGCGUAGGCGUUAGACUUACAACUAUUGUAACAAACUUACUAAUCCUUCCAGCAGUUUCGUAUAUUGGGCUGCCUUUGGUAAUUUCCGCUAUGCAAAGCUCAGCUUUGUUUUCAGGUGUAAUCUCAAAGCCACCUUCGGUUCGGAUAAAAGCACUGUUCACAGCCAAUCCGGGCACCCUCAGUGACAAUUCAAUGGCUGCUUCUGGUACUGCUCCUAAAUGGGCGCAGAAGACCAUUACUCUGCCUCCCCAUCACCGAGGCUGUCAUCUUAUUACUCCUAAGAUAGUGAAAGAAAUUGGGAAAGACUUGUCUGAAUUUAAAUGCGGCCUCGCACAUCUCUUCCUGCACCACACAAGUGCUUCUCUUACCAUUAAUGAGAAUUACGACUCUGAUGUUCGGGAUGACACCGAGACCUUCCUCAAUAAAAUAGUUCCAGAGGGGAGAUCUGCUCCGUGGAAGCAUACUCUGGAAGGCCCAGAUGACAUGCCAGCACACAUCAAAUCAUCAAUGUUUGGCUGCUCACUAACGAUUCCCAUCACCGAUGGAAAGCUGAAUAUGGGAACUUGGCAGGGAAUAUGGCUAUGUGAGCAUCGUGAUGUCCCCACUGCUCGCAAAGUUGUAGUCACCCUUAAUGGAAUAUGAGAAGAUAGAUAUGGAGGUUUUGUAUUUCUUUUGUUCCAUAUAUGUUUGUAACAGAACUAAAUUUAGAAAGACCAAGCGUCUGUUUUACUUGUUAAUGUGAUGUUACGGCAAUAAUUCUCAGAUUUGGUACUUUAAUAAGUUUAAAAUAUUUAAAUUUUGUGGCAAUGAUAUCUGAAAAGUUCUAAUA